AUGCCGGUAUUCACAGAAUCCUCUGCAUCUUCGCGGGAUCUACGUAUCCUUCCCUCCUUUGCAUCUCCCCUUCCACGCCUGACUCCAAAGUUCGAGCCUUCAGGGAAUGAAGAGAAGUACGAGGUAUUGAUCGCAGGCGCAGGACCAGCUGGUCUCUUCCUGCAAGUCCUCCUCGCACGAUACGGCCUCAACGACACCUCCCUCCUCUGUAUCGACGCGAAACCCACCGCCUUGAAAUCCGGCCAGGCAGAUGGCCUACAACCGCGCACCCUCGAAGUGCUGAAGAGCCUGGGGCUGGCAGACGAAAUCCUCACGGAGGGCUGUCAGAUGUGGGAGGUGGCAUUCUGGAAUCCGGAUCAGCAAGGCGGAAUCGAUCGAACGUCCAUCGUACCGGAUGUCGCUGUGCCGGCGCGAUUCCCGCACGAGGUCACGAUCCACCAGGGGCGGAUCGAGCGCAUACUUGAGGAUGACCUGCGCAGGUACUCUGAUCGUGGGGUGCAAAGAUCCACACGGUUGACCAAGGUUGAAAUCGAUGAAGCUGGAGACGCCGAGUUUCCAGUCGUCGUGGAAAUGGAAGGCCCCUCGGGGCUGCGGACGGUGCGAACGAAGCACCUGGUGGGAGCGGACGGAGCACACUCGCUGGUCCGAAGGUCGAUGGGCUUCAAACUCGAGGGGGAGACAUCCGAUUUCAUCUGGGGGGUUGUGGACUUCGUUGCAGAUACCGACUUUCCGGACAUCAGGCGAAGAAGUGCUAUCCACUCGGACAAUGGCAGCGUCAUGGUCAUUCCGAGAGAGAGAAUUGCGACGGGAGAGUAUCUGACGCGGCUGUACGUUCAUGUGCAAGAGGAUGUGAUUCCCGAUGGCGAUAUCGCGAGUGAGCAGGGAGUAAAGGGAGACAGCAAGGCCGAAGCAAAAGCCCGGCGAGAGAAAAUCACUAUGGAAAGCAUACUCGCUCAAGCACAAGAGGUUUUCAAGCCCUAUCACAUCAAACCGAAACGAGCAGACGCGGUAGAUUGGUGGGCAGCGUACCAGAUUGGGCAGCGCGUAUCAGAGAACUUCAUCAAACAGGAUUCCAAAGGCGUGAACCGAGUCUUCAUUGUAGGCGACGCUUGCCACACGCAUAGUCCAAAAGCUGGCCAGGGCAUGAAUGUUUCCAUGAUGGACUCGUAUAACCUCUCCUGGAAAUUAAUACAUUCCCUGAACGGAUUUACUCCGAGGACGGGCUCGUCAGAUGCGGUCCUCGACAGCUUCGAGAUAGAACGCCUUACCGUUGCGAGGGAGCUGAUUGCAUUCGACAAAGAGUUCUCGUCUAUGUUCUCGGGAAAGAUCGGCACCGGCGAAGGCGAGGGGAAUCUCACCCAUGACCAAUUUCUGGAAGUAUUCAGCACAGGAAAUGGGUUCACAAGUGGUUGUGGCAUCGAGUAUCCUGACACCUUGAUUGUGGACAAGGCGACCUCCGAAGGUAUAGUUGAGGGAAGUGACUACUUAAGCGGAGUUCUCAGACCUGGCCGACGAUUACUCAAUGUUAAAGCGAAGAGACAUGCGGAUGGCUACAGAAGGGAUCUCCAAGACGACUUCCCUUCCACUGGCCGAUUCCGCAUCCUCCAGUUCACUUCAACGGAUCUUCUUGAUCCUUCCGGUACAUCAGCCCUUUCCCUCGCGCACAUAUCUCGGCUUCUGGGCAGAUUUCCGUCUGGAAUUAUAGAGUUGGUUGUCCUGCACCCGCUUGAACCCGAUUCUUUUAUGUGGAAAGACGUUCCAGCCAUGGUGAAAGAGCGUGCUGAAAUGAGCUUCUACAAUGGCACCAAGCUAGAAGACGCAUACGCAGUAUAUGGCGUAAGUCCUGCGAAGGGCGCCAUUGCGGUGCUCCGACCUGAUGGAUACAUUGGCACCGUCGCCAGCCUGCAGGACACGGAAAGGAUUGGGAAAUACCUGAAGGGGUGUUUGAGAGAGGUUGGCGAUACGAGGGAAGACAUCCGUGGGACGAGUUGA